AUGCCGGAAGGAUCCACGCCCGAAGAAGGGCCCGAGAAGACCUGGAAGAAGGCAGAGCGCAAAUUUACACAUAAGCCAGCGAGCGAAUUCUACGACCCCUGUCAAGAUUUCGCCGACCGAAGUCUAAAGUGCUUGAAGCGCAACAAUUUUGAUCGCGAGAUGUGUGGUGACUAUUUCCAAGCAUAUCGUGACUGCAAAAAGAACUGGUUGAAUCAGAAGAAAGGAAUUAACCAGUCCGAUUGA